UCAGUGUAGUGACCGAGUGCGGAGACUGCAGUUGUUGCAUAGAGAAGGUUGCCGCCGCUGCUCCUGCUGCACCGACAGAACGCCAAGCUAUGCUAAUUAUAAUCACCAUAUUAGCCCUGAUUGCACUAUGCAUCUCAAAGCUACGCAGGCAUCCAGUCGACAAACUGCCUGGUCCACCCACCCUGCCAUUUGUAGGAAACUUGCUUACUUUUGUCGGAACACCAGAAGAAAUGUUUGAGAAAUUCAACUCUUUCGCUCGUGACUUUUGGCCGCUUUACCGCACCUGGCAGCUCAACACCCCAGUUAUUCACCCCCUGCUGCCCGAGCACGUCGAGAAAGUGUUAGCGAGCAGCAAAAACACACAGAAAAGUCGAGAUUACCGCUUCGUCGAGAGCUGGCUCGGCACCGGUCUCUUCACAAGCAACGGGGCGAAAUGGCAGGAGCGGCGCAAACUGCUCGCGCCCACCUUUCAUCUCAAAGUGCUGGAGCAGUUUGUGCCAACGAUCAGUGAUAACGCGGCCGUGCUGGCACAAAAAUUGCAGCUGCUGCUGUGUCAGUCGCCGAAUGAGCCGAUCGAUGUCGUCCCAUUGGUGACUCUCUGCGCUCUCGACAUCAUCUGCGAAACUGCAAUGGGGAGAUCAAUUCGAGCGCAACACAAAGAUUCAAAAAAUACUGAAUACGUAUCUAGUAUUCAUAGGAUAAUGGACCUCAUUGUCUAUCGCGCCAUGCGGCCUUGGCUCCACCCUCACUGGAUUUUCCGCGUCUCACCGACUGGAAGGGAAUUCGCCAAAUGUCUCCGCACUUUGCACAGAUUCACCAGAAAUGUUAUUGACGAAAAGCGGCUGGAAAGGGAGCAAGGCGAGCUGGAAAUUAAGGUCGUGCCUUCCGUGCCCACUUCUAAUGGAUACGAAGAUCCCGAGCGGAUUAGUGUGAGAAAUCGGCUAGUUUUUCUCGAUCUUUUGCUCAAGCUGAACGAAUGGGACUGCAAACUUUCAGAUCAAGAGAUCUGCGAGGAAGUUGACACUUUUAUGUUCGGGGGACACGACACAACGUCCAAUUCCAUUAGCUGGGCGCUUUUCUACCUGGGCUGCAAUUUAAAAAUACAGGAGGAGGUGUUCAAUGAGAUCGAAGGAUCAGACUUGAGCAAUGAAAAUCUAAACUCGUUUAAACUGCUGGAUAGAGUCAUAAAAGAGACUCUCCGUUUGAGACCGCCAGCGUACAUGAUCUUCAGACUGUUGGAGCAGCCUUUACAGCUAGAUGACGUAGUGUAUCCAAGCGGGACAAAAGUCAACAUUCACAUUUACGACGUACAACAAAACCCAGCAGUGUUUCCAAACCCGGAAAAAUUCGAACCUGACCGAUUUCUGCCAGAAAACAUGGAGGGAAGACAUCCGUUUUCCUACAUCCCGUUCAGCGGCGGGCCAAGGAACUGCGUCGGCCAAAAGUUUGCUGUGCUCGAGAUGAAAAUUGUGCUCGCAACUUUGAUAAGGCGUUUCCGAUUUGAAUCAGUGGACCCAGAAAAGCACUCGAAGUGCGCGCCAGAUCUGGUUUUGAGACCCAAGCACGGGAUUCAUCUGCGGUUUACGCCUCGUGAAAAGUUAGCUGGAUUCGAGAAAGGCGAGAAUGAAGAGCAUUGCGUAACUCAUCUGUGAAUUUUCUGUACAUGGGUAUAAGAUAAUUUUCUUUGAUCUUUGAUACUGCAUGAUUGAGGAAAAAUACUAAUUUUACAGAUCCUUUAAUUAAAUGUAGUCUAAAUUAAAAUUCGCUCAGGUUCCCAUCCAUAAUAUUAGAGGAAAUUUGCUUUUGAAACGGUGAUUUCCCUCUGCGUUGUAAAAAUUUGUAUUGCGGGGAUAGAAAUUUAAAUUCAGUUUCAUUUUUUUAAACUUUCGGCAAAAUCUAAAUAUACUGAAGCUAAACUCUGCAUGUUGAUGCUAUGUUUAAUUGUUACCAUUCUUUGUUAAAAAUAAAACAAGAACUCUA